AUAAAACAGCUGUUUUCAUGCUUAUUAGUCAGUAGGUAACACGCGGAGAUGUUCGAUAGUUGUGCAAAUAUAUAUAACUAGCGAAGAUGAUUAUUUAUUUUUUUAUCCAGUGAAACAUAUAAUUAUUAUCAAGUUUGUUGGUUGUAAUGCCGUUAUCCAUGUCCGGGUCAGAUAGAUUUAUUUUUAUAAUAAAUAAUUCUACGAGUAGAGCUUCCUUUACUACACGUAAAAAAGUUUAUUGUGCUUUAAUAAAUUUAAUAGUUUUAAUACAAUAUUAAUAAAUGGAAGAAGAAACUGACAAUACGGAGGUUGUAAAUAAUAGAGCAAGUCAAAGUACCUCGCCCAGCAUAUAUCGAUCCACUCAGAGUAAUCUCAAUAAAGGAUCGCAGCACACUGUUUAUUAUAGCGUAAGAAAUACUAUGUAUGAAGAUGCCUUGAAUGAGGGCGAAAAUAAUCAAAAUGAAAACGAAAAUUCAAAUCGCAUGACUACGGACGAUGACUCCUGCACAGCGAGAGGUACUGAAGAAACAGUAAUUGAUGGAAGCUGUCAAGACCUUGAACAUGAAGAAACGUCAAAUUUGUACUUCAGAGACGGAAUUCGAUCUAUUGACUUUGUCAUUGUUUGGGACGAGCAUGACGAGGAGGCCUUGACAGCGCGGUGUACGGAGUUUCGAAAGACAUUUGAAGAAAACCUGGAGUUGGAGGGCCUGCAGCUGGAGUAUGAAUCACCAGAGCUCAGUGGCUUAAGAUUUAUUAAGAUCCAUGCACCCUUGGAAGUCCUGAGACGCUAUGCAGAAAUUCUAAAACUGAGACUGCCAAUGAAAGAAGUAAUGACUGGACCCUUGCUGUCAACUAGACCGAGCAACACGAUAAUCCGUGAAGUCAAUGGCUGGAUAAAUAAUUUCAUGAAACAUUACUACGUAGACAGGAGGAUUUUUCCUAAGAUAAAGCAUCGCUUCACCGCGGUCUUCAGCCGUGACAAAGAAUAUCUCUUUGACUAUGACGCUCCUAAUUUUUUUUCACCAGCCACCCACUCGAGAAUCGUACAAUUUAUUCUAGACCGUACCAAGUUCACUAGGAACAAAGCAGAUGAUUUUGCAUUUGGGGUCGACAGACUGAUUUCUGAGCAUGCCUACGUAGCGGCGUACCCUCUUCACGAUGGUAAUUUACACACACCAGACUCUAUGAGGUAUUUAUUGUACACCCACUGGGCGAGUAUGAGGAAAUGCUUUCACUAUCAGCCGCUCGACUACAUAAAGGAAUAUUUUGGAGUGAAAAUAGGUCUAUACUUUGCCUGGCUCGGUUUUUACACGCACAUGCUGGUACCAGCAAGUAUAAUAGGACUAAUUUGUUUUAUUUACGGAUGUCUGACUCUCAGCACUAAUGAGACCAGCGAGGAUAUUUGUAACGGUAAUAAAUCAAUUUACAUGUGUCCUCUGUGUGACAAGAUCUGCGGUUACUGGGAUCUGAGAGAAACCUGUCUUCAUGGAAGACUAACAUAUCUAUUUGAUAAUCCUUCAACUGUAUUUUUUGCUAUUUUUAUGUCCUUAUGGGCGACAUUGUUUCUCGAGUUAUGGAAAAAGUACUCUGCAGAAAUAACUCACCGGUGGGAUUUAACCGGCUUGGAUGCUCAAGAAGAACACCCUAGACCUCAAUAUCUAGCCAAGCUGGCACAUAUUAAAAAAAAAUCAAUCAAUUCUAUCACACAUACUGCGGAGCCGAAAGUUCCUUUUUGGAGUAUGAGGCUGCCGGCGACGAUUUUGAGCUUUUCUGUAAUUUUACUCUUGAUUGCAGUAGCUAUGGCCGCAGUUAUUGGUGUAAUUUUAUAUCGGAUGUCCGUAUUAACAACCUUAAGUUUUUACGGACAAUCAUCCAUCACAAGUAAUGCUAUAUUAUUCACCACCGCUACUGCAGCCUGUCUGAAUUUAUGCUGCAUUUUUUUAUUCAACUGGAUCUACGUUUGGCUCGCUGAGUAUCUCACAGAGUUAGAACUUCUUCGCACGCAAACGGAGUUCGAUGACAGUUUAACGCUUAAAAUUUAUCUACUGCAGUUUGUUAAUUACUACGCUUCGAUAUUUUACAUCGCAUUUUUUAAAGGUAAAUUUGUGGGACAUCCACGCACUUAUAAAAGGUUCUUCCGAUACCGGCAAGAAGAAUGUGGGCCUGGAGGUUGUUUAACUGAACUUUGUAUUCAAUUAAGUAUUAUUAUGAUCGGUAAGCAGUUCAUGAAUUCGCUAUUGGAGAUGUUAUUUCCGUUGUACUAUAAAUGGAUGAAUACUUGGAAAGUUCAGAUCAAAGCUGGUAAUCAUAUUAAACAAAAGGAGAAAUUUAUCGUGAGAAAACAGUGGCCGUGGCUCAAAGAUUUCAAACUUGUUGAAUGGGGACCCAGAAGUUUAUUCCCUGAAUAUCUAGAAAUGGGUAAGUUUAUUAAAUUAAUUAUUUUUUAUUUUAACUACUCAAAAAUUGACUUUCUUUUAGUUCUACAAUACGGGUUUAUAACAAUAUUUGUAGCAGCAUUUCCUCUCGCUCCGUUUUUUGCAUUGAUAAAUAAUAUUUUUGAAAUGAGAUUAGAUGCGAAGAAAUUGUUAACCAUGUACAGGAGGCCUGUAGGACAACGAGUUAGAGAUAUUGGAAUUUGGUUUAGAAUUUUAGAUUCAAUUUCGAAGCUUUCGGUCAUCACAAACGCUUUUAUUAUAGCAUUUACAUCGAAUUUUAUCCCUAAAUUAGUGUACCAAUUGUCAAUCUCCGAUAAUCGUUCUCUUGAUGGUUUUCUCGAGUACUCUCUAUCAAAAUUUAAUACUUCAGAUUUUUUGGAAGAACACAGACCACUGAUUAAUACAUAUCAAGAAAAUAUUGAAAUAUGCCGAUAUCCAGAUUUUCGCGAACCACCAACUUCUCCGAAUAAAUACGACUUGACAAAUACAUACUGGCACAUUCUUGCUGCAAGACUAGCAUUUGUAGUUGCAUUUGAGAACGCCGUUGCACUUGUUAUGAUUUUUGUACGCUGGUGCAUCCCAGACAUAAGUCCCAAACUGGCAGAUAAAAUUCGUCGAGAAGCAUACGUAACAAAUGAAAUAAUAAUUCAACAUGAAGCACAACGAGCUUGUUCCCGAUCUUUUGCUGUAGACGAACCCGAAGUUAUUCGAAGACGAGCUUAUACUUACGAAAGUACAGAUCGAUGGAACCGCGUUAUGAGAGACUCUUUUACGAUGGCUGACUUCGAUCUGGAAGUUCACGGUGCUCCGUCUUCACCAGUUCGAACUGGACCGGCUGCUCUCUAAAUUCACUUGCCUUAAAAAAAAUACUCAUUUAUUUUAAUAAUUUAAUACUAUUAUAACCAUGUGAUAUUAUUAUAUUUAAAAUUAUAUAAGAUUUGUUAAUUUUAAGG